AUGUCUCAAAUUUAUCUCAUCACCGGUUGCUCGUCGGGACUCGGUUACGAAUUCGCCCGCCAGGCACUCCACCGAGGCCAUAAAGUUAUCGCGCUUGCCCGCGAUAUUGCCAAGCUCGCCCCUCUGCAAGAGCUCGGCGCAGCUACGCUCACACUUGAUGUGACAGCAUCGCAGCAGGAACUGGUUAGAACAGCAACAGCGGCCCUUGCGAUUUAUGGCAGCGUCGAUAUACUGGUGAAUAAUGCGGGCUACACACUCUUCGGAGCGGUAGAAGAUCUCAGCUACGAGGAAUGCCUCAGGGAGUUCCAGACAAAUGUAUUUGGGCCCCUAGGUCUCACUCGUGCCCUGCUGCCUCAAUUUCGUCGUCGCCGUGCGGGAACGAUCGUCAACAUCGGUUCCCUUUGUGCAUGGGAGACAUACCCGGGUGUGGGUGCCUAUAGUGCUUCCAAGGCGGCUUUUCGAUAUUUCACCGAGGCGCUUGGCCAAGAGACCGCCGGCACAGGCAUAAGAACCCUUUUGGUCGAACCCGGCCAAUUCCGUACAGAUCUCCUGAGCCUGCGGAACAGCAGAUUUGUUGAGACCAACAUUCUAGAGUAUCGAGACCUGACGGCUGCUUCGUUCGCAAAGUUCCGAAAUGCUCACGGCAAGCAACGGGGUGACCCAACAAAAGCCGUGGCCCGAAUUUUGGAUGUCAUCCACGGCGAGAACGAGGCCAGUGGCCGAGAGUGGCCGGGAUAUUUGGCGCUGGGCCCAGACGCGGUGGAAGCCAUCCGAAGCAAAUGCGAGCGAACUUUGAAGCUGCUGAGUGAGUGGCAAGGUUUCUCGUCGGAGACCGACGCUGAACGUAUUUAG